CACGAGGGUCGUCCCAACAUUCACCCAGACUCCCAGGACUUUCUUCUGGGUUUUCCUUCCUGAUAAAAAUCCUCGUUCUCGUUUAGAUUUUACGUUAAGAUAAGUGGAAGACAGAGUUUUGUCUUACAUACAGCCUGAACUAUUCCAGAAAAUGGCGUGCUUUGGUAGACCGGCGAAGGAAAAAAUUGUCGAGAAGAUCGUCGAGAAGUAUGAGGCGGAAUAGAACUACUUUGUCAUGCAUACGCAAGAGCUGAAGCAAAUGCAAAUCAUGUAGUUGCUAACAAAGUAUUACUGCUUAUGCAUGACCAAGUAGUCUUUUUCUUCUCUAUAGCAAGACGGUCGAAGUCGAGAAGCCGGAGGAGCUGAUCGCUUGCGUCGCUUCCCACGGCGUUCCGGACUGGGACAAAUGGUAUGAAUUUUUCCUACUUCAUGUGCGACAGACAUUCGCCCGAGCAAAUAAGUCGAAACUUGUGAAGAUGCUGAAGCUGCGCGGGCAUGACUGUUAGUGUGUGUACUGAUCUGGUAACCAAAUGCGUGCGCGCGCGCGCGCAGAGCGCGCGCCGGCCCACGAAGCCGGCGCGCGCGCUCUGCGCGCUUGCGAUAUUGCUUAGCAAACGCAGCGCGAAGGCAGUUGCCGUUACCAUAUAGGGCAACCGCCGGGAGGCGUGAAGGUCAGGGAAAUGGCCAGAAAUGAAGCGGGGGAAGGGAAAAAAAGCGGACCAGAUGGGAAAAUGGCCAGGAGCUCAAAAAUGUCGCAAAAAUGGCAGAAACCAAGCGGGAGAAGGUGAAAAAAGAGCAUUUUUGCGGUUUGGCCCACUUGAUAUCUGAAAAAGAGACGGACUAUUUUUUGCUCCGCCCGGUGGCCAGCUGCGUUGGAGAAGCAGGCCCGCGACCUGUCCGGAAGCCUUGGGCCGCUUCGUAACUGGAAAAAGUUGGAAAAAAAUGACAAAAAAUUGCUUCAUAACGUGGGUGAAAGCAAUCGUCGGAUUUUGUGCAGAUCACCCGGGCCACUUGAAAAAUGAAAAAAGAUGAGAAAUUGCGCAAAAGCGCAAUCCUUCCGCAGGCUUCAAAACUGCAAGUCAGAUGCGGGCGGUAAAAAUGUCCAGGUCGCCCGGGCCACUUGGAAAAUGAAAAAACAUGAAAAAUUGCGCAAAAGCGCAAUCCCUCCGCAGGCUUCAAAACUGCCAGUCAGCUGUGGGCGGUGAAAAUGUGCAGGUCGCCCAGGCCACUUAGAAAAUGAAAAAAGACGAAAAAUUGCGCAAAAGCGCAAUCCCUCCGCAGGCUUCAAAACUGCCAGUCAAAUGUGGGCGGUGAAAAUGUGCAGGUCGCCCGGGCCACUUGGAAACCAGGAAAAGAUGAAAAAUUGCGCAAAAGCGCAAUCCCUCCGCAGGCUUCAAAACUGCCAGUCAGCUGCGGUCGGUGAAAAUGUCCGGAGCCCUUCGGCCACCUAAAAACCUGAAAAAAGAGCGAAAAUCGCAAAAAACCGAGAACCCUCGGCAGGCUUACAAACUGGCCGCCAAGGGCGGUCCGGCGGGCGCGUGGUCGCGCCAUACCAUUGAGAUUGUGAAAAAAAAGCCGCACUAGAAGCGGGCGGAGGCAUGUCACAAAAUCCCGACUUGGCCGGGGUUGUGGGCACCAAUUCGGGACCUCCGCCGCGUCUGAAGUGGCCGAUUUUGGUUGCCCGGAAGGGUUCGCGGGUUUUCGGCUUUCCGCAUACCUUCCUGGCCAGGGGGCCAGUUUGUCAUGCAGGGGGCUAGAGAGGAUGCCCCGCUGCGAAAUAGCAGACCGGAUUUCGCCUUCAAUGCUUAUCGCAGGAGCCUGCGGGCCGCCGCGGGCGACAGUAGUUGUCCGCGGCCCUUCGAUAAGCUUUGAAUGCGAAUCCGGAAGCCCCCGAUGACCCAGAUACCUUCCUGGCCAGGGGGCCAGUUUCUCAUGCAGGGGGCUUGAAGAAGAAGGAGUGGGACUGUAAUCAAAAAGAAAUAGCGCCAAAGCGCGGCCCGCAGGGCCGCGCUUUCGCCGCGCGGCUGGUUAGGCUUUCGCGCUGGUUAGAAUUUCGCGCACGCAUUUGGUUACCAAUAUCGCCCUCCGGGCGCGAUCUUCAUACCUACACAAGUGCAUCAAGAUCCGCGUUCUUUCGCACAAGCUGGUUUUGAUGAACAGGUAUGAGGAGUACCAGAAGAUGACCUCCGGCACGGACCCGACGUCGAACUUCCACAUCCCCUUGGGCGUAAAAAUCACCUUCCUGGGCUGUUCCACUGAUGCGGAGGGCAAGCAGCGCACCCACGUCAUCCAUGUCCUGCCGAAGAAAAACAAGGAGCUGUGCCAGAAAAUCCUGGACUUCAACGCCCCGCCCUUCGUCGGCGGACCGGACUUCAUCAAGAACGGUUCUUAUUUGAUUUCAUGUUCGUACGUCAAGCUCAAGUGGAGUACGGGUGUAAGUUGUACCGAAGGAGCUUGCAACUUCUGGUCGAUAAUGCCAAUUUUUAGUGCAUGAGCAUCCAUGACUUCUAACACAACUACAUAGGUAUCGUCAUCCCUCCGUGCAAUGCCGCCUACUACGAAAUCACCGAUGUCAACUUUGCGGCGAUGUUAUGAGAGGCCGCGGCGUUGAAUGAACAUGAUUUGUGCAGAUGACGUGUUUGUCAUGCAAAAGCAGAACUCGGACUAUGCUAGGAAUUAUCACCGAGUUGUACGUCUAUGUGACUGUAAGGCUGAGUGUGCAUAAUUGCAUUAAUAAUUCUACUACUUCCAAUCACCAUCGCAAUAAAAAUCAUGUUCUUGCAUUUCCCCCCGGAUACCUCUUUCGGAAGGAGCACAUGAUGGGCACUUUUUCGCACGGCAUCAAGGAAUACAAAGAGUGGCGCGCAAAGUACUACGGUGCCCAGGACAUGGAGAUCGGCGGAAUCGAUGUCAAGCCGAUGUUAGUCGGUAGAGUUUGAAUUUCUUUUGCUACACAUUUCAUUACAUACAGCGACGUCCUGAUCGUAGAAAAUGACAUUAUUUGAUGGAUAAAAGCCAGGCACAGUGAUUUUUUUGCAUUGUGCUAGAAUUUGCAAGAGAUAAUUUCCACCAAGACCAAUUUUUACAGGUUCCUGUGAUGACGGGAAGAAGUGCUUCGUUGUGAACGCGUGGCCGAAGGCGGAUGACGACAAGAUGAAGGCUAUGAUGGACUUCGACAGCGAGGAAAACCCGGUGCAGGAGUACAUCAAGGCUGGGGACAUCAUCUUGCCGAUGGAGAAAGAGUUCGUGGAGUGGAAGGCCAUUGACCGUCACAUCCGCUAAAGGUUUUUUUUGUUCCAGUGGAACGGGCUGGGAGACAAUGCGAAUUCGAACAAUUAUCACAAGGCAGAUAAAGGGAAAAAAUGUCACUGUUGUAUCAAGCAAAGAAAAAUAAAUCUAUAAAUGUUUCUCUUUAACGUUUCGGUUUCAGUUUCUAGUCUUCGGGGCGUGAUCGCUACAAGAAUUUAGCUAGGUAAGGAAUCAGCGAGUGGAGGAGAACAGUUUCGCACUCAUGCAUGUAUCAUAACGUUUGUGCAACGCAGCGAACCUUAAAACGUGGCGCAAAGGUGGUUCGCAAAUGUAUCAUCCAGAACAUGAAUAUGCAAUCCGCACGGAAUUCAACUUCGUUGCGCGCCAAAGACGAGGAGGAGACGAGAAAGAGCGCAGGAAACGCAGAGCAGGCAUAGCGGUGCAUGAACCUAGUUCAAUGCUGUUGUUUGUCUAGGAAAACAAGAUUCACAGCAUGAUUGGAAACGAAGUGUUU